CGUAUUUAACGACCAUCUCAUAACUCCUUCACGAAUACGCACAGGUGAACUCAUAGUAAUACACCAUCUCUACCGCACAGCAGUACGAAAGCACGCAUUCGCUCGGCUGUAAAGCCUCUCGGAAAGCGAGCCAUGGAGGCAGAGCCAAAUGUCCGCAAGGACAAGUCAGGGAGCGUCGACUCGAUCAUAGACGAUCGACCUGCAAAGAAGCCUCGUUUGUCUGUCGAUAAUACAGAUGGAUCUUCCACCAAGCCAGCUCCUCCUUCGAGUUCGGCUGUACCGGAGCCCGAUAUCGAGAUCAAUGAAGAAGUGGAUGAUGGUACAAAGGACGUCAAUAUGGAUCUCCAGCCAUCAUCACAACCAUCCGAGCGAGACGGAGGUCUACUCUUCGAUUCUCAGGAAGGGAUCCUAUCUGCUACCUUGCGAACCCCAGUUUCGGAGCAGGACGAUGUCAAGCAAGUUACAGAUGUCACAGAGGAAGAAGAGAUACAUCAGAAUAACGUCGAUAUGCCUUACACAAUUCAAGCUCCCCCGGAGAAAGAGGUCACGAACAAGGCAGAACAGGCAGCAGAGGAUGAUGAUACGGAAUACGACGACCCCUGGUUUGACGCGGCUUGCUUGACGACUACGGAUGAAGGGGGAAACAUUUUGCCGGAUCAUCUUCCCGUACCUCCCUCCAGCACUCCAGGCAAGAAGAAAGACCUCGAAAGAAGACGGUCGAGUGAGAUCAAGCGGAGUCAGGAGGGAAAGGCUAUCAGGGAAUCGUACAUGCGGAGCCAAGCGGCGAUGAUGCCUGUAGUCGAAGAGAAGGAACCUGAAAAGAAAGCAGAGAAGCCGUUGACCGGUUCGAUGUUUGCCUUUGGGAACGGAAAGGUAGUGCCCCCUGUCUCUGAACCGGCCAAGAUCAAGGCAGUCCAGGUCCUGGCGGAGGAUCCGUUAGAUACAUUUGGCAUGGGCCCCCGUACAACCCUGGCCGGCGAAGAGGACGAUUACUUUUCGACUGGGUUCACCGCGGGUGGCUCUUGCAUCUCCGGGCAGACAGUGAUUGAGCCGGAAGUCUCGCCUUUCCCAGCCUUCACUGGUUUCCAAACAGGGAAAGGGAAAAAGUUCGCUGAACCUUCAGAAGCCUCCAAGGCGCGCAUCGCCAACUUGUUUGGGAAAGACCUAGAAGGGUUGCCUCCGAUCGACGAUUUCUUCAAGGCUCCCGCCCCCGGUCCGUCAAAGCCGAUAAGCACUCCUGCUCGACCGGCGGCGAUAGGAAACGGGUUCGUCACCCCGGGUGCGAAGCCCACGAUGAUGCCUAGCUUCAAUGCGGCUGCCAUCAGCGACACGCCCACCAAGUCGACGGCUUUCGUGCCGCCGAAGUCGGUAUCUGGGAUGAGCUCUUUUCAAACCGCAUCAGGAGCCAAGGUUCCCGCGUUAUCGGCUGAAGCGAAAGCGAAAGCAUUAGCAUUAUUCGCUGAUGAAGGUUUUGGGCCGGCAGAUUUACCGGCGUCAAAUAUCAGGACGAGCUCCUUCCAAACUGCGGCGGGCGCGAAGGUGCCCGAGCUAUCAGCGGAAGCGAAGGCAAAGGCGUUAGCCCUUUUCGCUGAUGAGGGGUUUGGCGAAGCGGACCUGCCCACAGCCGGAAGCGGUAUUGGCGGUAUCUCUACCCCCGCGCCGGCCAUGCGUAACGCUGACGGGCCACACGAGAACCCCAGCUUCGAUGUUCCGAUGUUAUCUAGCUAUAGCCAGGCUGACGCGAUUACGAAAAUCGAAAAAAGGGAUGACAUGCUGCAAGAGACGCCUGUGUUACCUUCUCCUCGUGCGGUUCCAAUGAUCGCCCCAGAAACACCUCUUCGUCAUGUUUCCCGGCCGGCCGAAGUCAAGCAGCCCGUAGACCUUAUUAAGGAUGUCACCAAUCAGGGUUCGAUGCGCACUCCUGCUCCUCAAGCCAAGCCGUUCCGCCCCUUACUCACACCACUGCCGCCGGCAAAGCAAGACCUUGUCAACCGACCGCCGGCCUCGCCAUUAGCAUCCCCUAGGCUUGGUAUCGGAUUGGGUAUGACGCCCAGAUCGCGCUCGACGCUGAACAAACGUCCGACCUUCAAGACCCCCUUCAAGCCGAAUUCAAGCUCUUUCAGCACACCGACUCUGAAUCGUAUGCCCAGCAGUAUCAGGACACCCGGCCCAUCUUUGACGGCCAGACCGAAGCCUGCCUCAGUUGACAUCAUACCCGUCUUCGACAUGAAAUGUCCUAGCCCAAGGGAAACGAUGUUGGAAGCUGGCUUACUUCCGCAACAGUACAGCGCUGAGGAUAUAGCACAAGCCGGAUGUCCGGAGGAGAUAAGCAAAAUCGACGCUAAUAACGCCCUGUUCUACCAUUUCAACGUGGGCGACGGUCUAAAAGGACCUGAAGAUGCCUUCAAGCAGAUCCAGGCAGAAGGCUGUUCUCAGAUCGCCCUCAAGUGGGUCACUAAUCAUUGGUCGCUCAUCCUCUGGAAGCUGGCAAGCAUCGUCAGGGCCAAGCCAUCAAUUUGGGAAGAGAAAUGGAGCUAUAGCGAGGUCAUCAGGCAGCUAAAAUAUCGUUACGAACGCGAAGUCAAUCUCGCGCAGAGGUCUCCGAUCAAACGGAUGCAGGAGCAAGACUCGCCCGCAUCACUCCCUAUGGUGCUUUGCGUGACAUCGAUCACUCCGAUAACAAACGAACACGCACAACACAAUCAGGGUCAAUUUAACAGCAGCAUACUAGAAUUGACAGAUGGUUGGUAUCGUAUCAAGGCGAAUGUGGAUGUCCCAUUACAAAGAGCGAUCGAAGCUGGAAGGCUUCGUGCCGGCUACAAGAUCGCCCUUGCUGGAGCCAGACUUGACGCCACGAAAGAGGGGACUGACGUGCUCGAAGCACUGGGUCGCUCUAGUCUCCGGAUCAGCGGCAAUUCUACGUCUCUAGUACACUGGGCGAGACGGCUGGGCUUCAGUCUUCAACCGUUUAUCGCCACUAUGCCUAGCCUGACGAAAGACGGAGGAUCUAUAGCUUUGAUGGCCGUCACAAUCAACAGGGUCUAUCCGUUGGCAUAUAUGGCUAAAGAAAAGGGGAAAGGGGCCGCGCCAUGGUCAGAGGCAGAAGAGUCUCGAUUGCAGGAGGAGUGGACGCAACGAUACAACCAGGAGCGAGAACGGCUUAGAGAAGCUUGCGACAAACGGAUGCAUUCGCUCGAGGACGACUUGGACCGUCUCAAGCAGAUGUGUGACGGCUUAGAAGUAACUGCCGAAGCAUUGGACGAGGCGGAUAUCAGUGAUCAAAUGCUUGAGGAUUACCAUCAGACCAAUCAAAAACCUGCCUUUCUGCGGAAUCUCAGCUCUGUUCAGAUCCUUGCCCUUGCUCAAAAGGCACAGGAAGAGUUUGGAUCCGAAUCUUCCAGCGGACAGGCAGAGACAGAGGACUCAUUGAGGGCUCUUAUGCCCGCCCGAGCGACUCGCAGUUUUCAAGUCAUUCGUAUGGAGGACGUGUUCUCCAACUCGAAGGGGAAAAAGCGGACCGCUCAACUUCAAGUUUGGGACGCUCAUCAGUUAGCAAAAGGAGUCUUGAAGGAAACAGGCCAGUAUCUCGUUUCCAACCUUGCGCCUGCUCAACCCGCAUCUUGGUGCGGAGCUCAGGACUCAGGCGAAAUCUUUCUCUGCACGAACCGCAAUACAAUCUGGAAACGACUAGAAUGAUGAACGCAACGACCGGAAACGACCUCACAUAGACGACUCAUUAUAACGAAACGUGCAGGCAGCAUAGCACAGCAGUAACAGAAGAAUAGAACGAAUG